AUGUCAAUAAAGGAAAACAUUGUCUAUGGAAAUGAUAAGGCAUCUGAUGAUAAAAUAAGAGAAGUUGCUGAAAUAGCUAAUGCUCUCUAGUUUAUCGAGAGCUUUGAAGAUGAAAAGGAGGCAAAUAUAGAAAUAAAAAAACUAAAAGGCAUUAUUAACAAAUUGAAACAAACUAAUUAAGAAUUAGAAAGAUUAUUAGAGAAAAAAGACAAGCUAUUAGAUAAAGCAUUUUAAGAUGUGAUUUAAGAUGGAAACAUUAAAAAGUCUAAAGACAUAAUACUCAACACCAUUUGGAUCUUAGAAUAAUAACAUAUUAAGGACUAUCUUAAUGGAGAAAAAAUCUUAAACUAAUAUGAGAAAGAAAUACAAUAAGCUAUUGAAUAGAACAAAAUGAUGUUUGAUCUUCAAACAGUUAUUGACUACGUUAGGAGAAAAGAUUCAUAAACUAAAGUCAAUACUACAGAUUGA